AUGAGAGCUGGCUGCUUCACAUUGAGCAUCCAGACCACAACUACACCCCCCAGAACCUUUAUAGAACAUCGAAAGUCUCAUGCUUCGGUAGCAAACAUGAUCACAAGAUUCAUCACCGAAGUCUCAACAGUCUUCAAUCCCUUCUCUCCCAAAGCCAAAACCGCUCGGUUAUUUCUCUCAGUUCUCCCACCAAAUGCACGACAGACCAUGAAGAUCGAUACAAAGAUACUCCCAAGAGCAUCUAAAGAACGGAGUCUUGUGCGCCUUAAGUUUAAGGAUGGAAAAGAAAUGAAGUUGGACGCAGAGAAACUUGGUAUUAGAGGUGUAUCUGAUGAGGUAGAUAGACAUUCACGAAUUUUAGCAAGGCAGGAGGAAUUGACCGGAAAUUGA